AUGUCAAAACAAGGAAAGAGAAAAAUUACUGUCGAGUUGCCGAAAACAAAAGACCUUUCAAAUAGACCUAGUGUGUUUGAGCGUCUCGGUACGAAGAAAUCAUCAAGUACCAAAAAAAUAACUGAAUAUUGUAGACAGUGGGCUCAACACGGGAAUUGCGCUUACGGAAAAAAUUUUGUUAGGUCGGGUCGUAGCCCAGAGGGUGAAAUUGACAACUGGGACCAAAAUGACUUAGAAUAUGCGGACACCGAUGUUCUUGAAAAAAGAAGACAACAGUUACAGCGUGAAUUAGAGUUACAAAUGAAAAUGGACUCUACUAAAGACAUGCGGAAAGACAAAAAGAAAACAGUAUCUAGCUCAUCUUCAUCAAGAAGUUCUAGUUCAUCAAGUGUAUCAUCUUCUUCCUCAGAAGGUAGCACUUCAUCAUCUUCAUCUGGAAGGGAUGCUAAGAGAAGAAUGAAGAAAGGAAAAUUAAAAAGAAAUUCCAGUUCAUCAUCAGAAUGUGAUAUACCUACUAAGAAAAAAUUACUUAAAGCUGAUCCACUAAAGAGAGACAAAAGUGAAUCAAAAAAGAUUGUUAAGAAGGAAGAUAGGCUUGUAAAGAAACAUGAAGCAACUAAAAAGAAAAAUCUUUCUAAAGCCAUCGGUAAGAAGUCAUUGUCACCUGGCAAAAAAUCUGGUGGAACACCACCAAUUACUUCAAAAAGUGUAACAACUAAGGCUGUUGCUAAAACUGUUAAAUCUCCACAACGAAAAGAAAGAAAUAAGAGUGCUUCACCUCAUUCAGUUCGAGAUAAAGAUAAGGAAAAAGAUCGUGGUAAAGAUAAAGAACGUGAGAAAGAAAAAGAGAAGGAACGUGAGAAAGAAAGGGAUCGAGUUCGGCCGCGAAGUCGAUCACCGAAGAAAGCAAGGUCUAGGUCGCCUCGUAGACAUGGCUCUCAUCCAAAAGAUCCAAGGAGAAAAGACAGUUCUGAAAGGAGUAGACCUGUAUCACCUAAGAAACAAGUGAGACGAGAUGGAAGUCCAGAUCGACACAGGAAGCGAUCUCAAAGUAGGGAUAGAGAUCGUGGGCGUGAUCAUAAAGAUCGUUCCUUAGAGAGAAAGAAAGAUAAACAUGAUGAUAAAGAUAGACAUGAUAGAAAAGAUAGGGGACGAGAUAGAAAUAAGGAUAACAAAAGAGAUGAUCCAAAAAGAAGGGGACGUGAGCGUGGUUUAGGUAGUGGAAGAGGUGAUAAGGGACUGGAAAAACCAAAUAAGCCAAUGCAAAGAUUACUUCCCCGUCCAGAAGAACGCUUAGCGGCGCUAGCUGCUAUCUCAAAUAGGGCGUUAGAGUCUGAUAAAAACUCAACUAAUUCGAAAGAUCGACAAGACACUCAUUCAGAACGGGGCGGUCGUAAGCAGGAUAGAUUAGAAAGAGAUAGAUCGAAUAAGCGAGACCGAUUAGACAGUAUGGAUAGGGAGCAAGGCGAUUACGAAAUCGGUAUGGACCACCAAUAUGACCAUGGCCAUAAUAUUGAACACUAUGACAGAAUGGACGAUCGAUAUGAUGGCGUCGCCAGAGAAGGUGAACGUUCGCCCGGUUAUAACAUGCAGGGCAGGGAUAGACAUUAUGACCCAGGUUAUGACAUGCCUGGUCCUGCAAGGGGGUAUCCAGAUGAUGAUGACAGGAUGUAUGGGGAAUCCAUGGGAGACCCAAGAGGUUACGAUGAUCGAAGACCACAUCGCGAUCAUUCAUGGGAAGGGCGAUCAGGGUCAAUGGAUCGUGAGCGUUACAUGCAUUCUCACAAAGAGUGGGACAAUGAAGAUUAUCGGGGCCCUGGUGACUGGGGCCGAGAGCGCCAUUGGCCUAUGCACGAUUCCCAGAUGAACGAAUGGGGUGAUAAAGAUCAAGAUGUGGAAGGUUGGCAUCAUCGUGGACACGGCCCCGGGCCUCACCGUGGUCGUAUGCAUGAUGAUUACAAUCGUGGCAGAAUGGAUCAUGGCAGAAAUGAGAAUAAUAAAAGACGUGCUCCAAGAAAUGAAACGGAAACUAAAGAGGCCCCACCUUCUACACAAGUGGCCGCAGCCUCGGAAGAACCAGAGGCUGAUGAUAAACCCAUUCCUGACGAUCUCAGUGAAAUCAGUGAUGAUCCCGAUGAUAUUCUUGAUAGAGAUGAUAUGGUUGACCAAAAUAUGGACGACAGCAGUCAAAUUGAACAACCUGUUGAAGAAAAUAUAUCAAAGCCAGAGUGUUCGGAAAAGGAAUCGACGCAGGAUACAAGUGGAGCUGGUGAAGAGAAAGAGUCACACGAGGGCAAAGAUGAUGAAGAUGUUGCUAAUUUGGACUUUGAAGAAAUAUCAGAUGGUGAACUAGAAGAGGAAAGAACUCGUGCUGGUUUAGGUGAUGCUCUUGGCGUAGAUUGGGCAAGUCUGGUGGCGGAUGUCCAUCGACGAGAGCAAACUGCGCCGGCAGGUGGCGCGAGGGACCGAUGGAGACCAGAACGAGUGCUCCCUCGUCUAGGUCUAUCCAUUGAUAUGGCUGGUAAAACUACUGUUCAGAAUAUUCUAGAACAAAAUGCAGAGUCACUUCAGUCAGAAAGAAAACCACCAAAAGAUAACAAGGAUGAUAAAUCUGAAUUAGUGAAUGGAAAGCAUGAGGAAAGUAAUUCAGAGAAACCAGAGGCCCCUUCAGAUGUUGAUAAAUUAAAUCCAGUAGCAGCUAUUCAGGUGGCGAUGGAGAAGCGAAAGCGUCAGCGUGCAGUCCUAUUUGGAUCUGGAUGCGAAAUAACGCGUGGACUAAGUGCGAGACGAGAUUUAGCUUUGCGUCGUUAUCUCUGUCAGCUGCCCGUCGCAGAACGAACUGGUCAGUCGCGUGUGGCGCCUCAACCUUCACUAUUCCAUACAGCGCGAGCCUUAUUAAUGCAAGCACCUGUGACCGGC